AACAAGUGAUGAUAGUAAUAAUGAUGAUAAUCCAAGUUCACAACAAUUAAUUCAACAAUUCUUGAAAGAAUUACCUACUACAUUAAAUACAACUUUCUCUAAUAAUCCUAACCGACCAUGA